UCUACUUCUGUUUUUUUUCUUUAUUAGACCUUUUUGCCGUAUGAGGACCAUCAAACGCUUCGUUCUGUUUACGGCCAUAGCUCCAAUUGCUAUCUUGGUACUUCGACUGUUUGCCCUCGUAACAGAAGUAUUACAAAUUCGGCAUCCCAGCGCCACUGGAAUCGUUGCUGCAAUAGGUGGUGCGGUAUUUCUGGGUAUUGUUUUUUUCAUUCUUCGUCUGUUGGAACCACGUUUGGUGCUUUGCUUCCCCGAUACUUGUGGUCGCAGAAAUAUCGUUUUCACUGGCAGAAGCUCUAAGAGUCUUAGAAAUAAUCUAAUGUCAUUGGACAGUGAUAAGCCCUCCAGUGGUGAAGUGGAAAAGUUCAAAGACAACGCUCUACCCUAUCUGGAAGAUUUCAAAAGUUCUCUAGAAAAGUAUAUGACAACAACAAGACCAUUCCAAUAUAUUUUCUCAGGCAGUGUACAGGAGAGAUUCAGCUUCCCGGUAAUGAUGAUGACGGCUUCUAGAUGGGUUUGUGGAUUGUGUCCAUCUUAUGACUAUAACGGUUUAACGUCAGAUCUAGACGUCAUGUUUUUCAGUACAGAACAUAAAGCUUCAUUUGCUGGUCAAGAAGACAUCUUCGUGGAGUAUCUUGUUCCUGAGAAUGAAGGUUUCACUGGAUACGCUAAACUCACUCAGCUCACCCCUGGCUUUACAGAACGCGUUCUUAGUUCUACCCUUGUCAUGCGCAGAGCAAAAGAGGCUAUUCUUAAUGCAAGUGUUAUCAAUCUACCCGGUACUAAAUUAAAUAUUUGUUCUAAGGUAAAACUGCAUUCGAAAGGCCCAACUAUAAAACUUCACAUACUACCAGUUUUCGAAGCUGACAUAACAGUUUCUGUCCAAUGCCCCGAGUGGCCAGCCAAGAGUGACUGGGGCAACCGACCGAGAUUUUGGCCCAGUAUAGCUGACGUACACAGAAUAAUGUCACUUGGCUGUCAUCUGGUGGCCAAACCAGCACCUAGUGAUAAGGAUAAAACAAGCUGGAGAUUCUCAUUCUCUUUGGCAGAAGUUGAACUCUCAAAACUUGUCCCAGACACAGCAAGGAAAUGCUUCAUGGCUAUGAAAAUAAUCUUAAAGGAUCAUCUUCAACCCGUUUGGCCAGCAAUCAAAUCUUACCAUUUGAAAACUAUAUUCCUGAAUACUCUGGAAAAGUUACCAGUGGGUUUCUGGGUUGAGAAUAACAUAGAAGAAUGCUUUCAGACUUUGCUAUCGGAGCUUUGUGAUGCUUUUCUGUUGAGGAAUUGUCGCCAUCAUUGGUUCAGUUCCAUUAAUUUGUUUGGUGGAAAAGGGUCAUCUUGCUUUGUUUCCAACGCCAAACGAUUCCAAAUCCUGGGUAACAAAGUAGAAAGAAUCAUGUGCGACCCUGCACCAUUUAUUUUUGACGACGGUACUUGUUGUCUGUCGCUAUGAUGUCACCGAGUGCCACAAAACAACUUCACUCGAAGAAGCACUGAACAGCUGCUUGCUGAUUAUGAAGAAAUUGCCUCUCCUUGCGAUGGCCAAUGUUCUGCUCGAACACACGAUCCAGUCAGCUAUUCAUUACUUGGUGCCUCGUCUCCAAGGUCUGAAGUAAGCGAAGCUGAACCUCACUUCAGUGGUCAAUGCACUGAUGAUCAACAACAGUUGAACACAAUUGAGCCAGAUCAUGUUGUCCUCUCUCUUCCUCAAAGACACCUUUCUGCGGAGGACCACACUUUCCACACUAGUUUUGAUGAGGACCAAGGGCAUUUGGUUCGCGUGUUUGAUGUUUGACUUCAUUUAAAAAUGUUUACAAAAGAAGAACGACUAAUUCUUAAUUUUUUUUUAAAGGAGCACAUAGGCUUGAUACGUAGUUUAUUCUUAACAAGGAGGUUAAAUCGACAAGUUUGACGGUAUUUUCUAAUUCGCUGAAUGAAACGUUCAUUAAUCGGCAAAGCGCCAACUAGCAAACAACGCAGUAAAGACUUUAACUAAGGCAUAGUCUCAUAGGCAAAAAAUCCUUUUUCCUUAAAACUCAUUCUGCCUUCAAAAUUUCCACUGAAUAUGAAUUGAUUUUAGCUGCCACUAAAAUGAAUUUGUUGUUCUGAAGUAUUUGUCAUAUUAGAUACUAGGAAAAAUGUUUGUCUGUGUUCUUCCUCAGAAGAUUUAUUCGUUUAUCUCCUCUAUCUCCUCGAAUAAGAGAUUCAUAUAAAAACCGACUGAGGGCCACUAUUCCCCUAAUAAGUAGUUUAUUACAUGGCCGGUCAGACCAACGUUUUAUUUGGAAUUUACUCGCUUUUGAGAUAACAAAAUAAACGACUUAUGACCCUUUCCGUGGAAACGGUCCGUGUGGCAUAGUCCUGACCGAGAAAGAACUAAUUAGAACGCUCACAUUUACCUCAAGACUACCUUGCCGUAUAUUAAUUAACAAUUAUUACACGAGCCCGCGUUGGAUAUGAGAUGAUAGAUAGCCAACGUCCAACGAGGCG